GUUUUCCAAAUGUCCUUGGAUGCUUGGAUGGCACUCAGAUAAGAAUUAGGAAGCCAAAACUGAAUGAAGCAGAUUAUGUCAACAGAAAAGGCUAUCAUUCUUUGAAUGUGCAGAUGUGCUGUGACCACACAUUUAAGAUAACAAGUUGCAUUGCAAACUGGCCUGGAUCUGUUCAUGACAGCAGGGUGUUCCGACAAUCAGCACUGUGUGCAAAGUUUGAAAAUGGUCAGCAUGAUGGGCUACUAUUGGGGGAUUCAGGAUAUCCAUGCAGGAGAUUCCUGAUGACCCCAAUACUGAAUCCAACGACUAAUGCAGAGCAGAAUUUCAACCAGUCAUUGUGCAGGACGCGAGUAUUAAUUGAGCAGACCUUUGGCGUCUUGAAGCGUCGCUUGCACCAUGAAAUGGCAACAGAGCCCCCACAGGCAGCCAUUUAUAUUACAGCCUGCGUUGCCCUUCAUAACAUAGGAAUCCAGAGAGGUGACGUGAUGCCGAACGGGGAUGGAUAUUUAAAUCUAGUUAAUGACGAUGGUGUGCGCUUCCAAGGAAGAAAUGAUGGAAUGUUUAUGAGGAAUCACAUU